CUCCUCACUUCCUGCAGUGUGUGGUGCUGCUGUUAGUUUGUAAACAUGGCUACUGCCGGAGCAGCUGGAGACGACCUGAGGAAAGAGCUCACAUGUGCAAUUUGUUUGGACUACUUCAAAGACCCGGUCAUACUGAAAUGCGGACAUAAUUUUUGUCGGUUUUGCAUCUGCAUGCACUGGGAUGAAAAUGGCGGAGACUACGGCUAUCAGUGCCCUCAAUGCCGAACGGUGUUUACCAAGAGGACAUUCACAAAAAACUACCUGGUGCAGAACCUCGUGGCCAAACUGGACGACCUGGAGUGUCUGGCGUCCUGUCCUCCGCCCUCUAAGCCCGUUAAAGUGGAUGGGAAGUGUGACCAACAUGGAGAGGAGCUGAAAUUGUACUGCCAGACUGAUAAAAGGCCCAUCUGUGUGGUCUGCAGGGAAUCUAGAGCACACAGACACCAUGAGGUCGCCCCAGUACCAGAAGUCGUGAAUGACAUGAAGAUGGAGUUGAAACUGAGGCUAAUGGAGCUCAACUGGCAGAAGUCUCAAUGUGUAAAAGUCAUAACAGCUGAUGAGCGCACCAGAAGUGAAGCAAAGUUGAAGAAAAAGAGACUCAAGGAAAAGAUUGAGGCGGAUGUUGGAGCCUUGGUGCAAUUCCUGCUGGAUGAGAGAGACUCCCUGCUUGAGAGCCUGGAUGCUGAGGAAGUGGCCACCAUGGCCGUCAUAGACGAGAAUCUGAAGACCGUGGAGACGGAGGUGGCAUCUGUAGACAAAGCUAUAGCUGAUAUCCACGGCCACAUCGGGGGGAAAACUAGCUUUGAGAGCCUUGCUGAGACUCACGAUGAAAUCCUCCAUUGCAAGCCGUUCACAUCUCUCGACACAGUUAAUUGUGCAACAGAGUUCACAGACUUCUCAGGGCCCUUCCAGCUUAUCAUGUGGAAGAAGAUGAUGCACGUGCUGCAUACUAUGCCUCAGAACCUCACCUUGGACCCGGACACAGCUCACCUAAACCUGCUGAUCUCAGACUUUGACACCAAAGUAGAGGAGGGCCAUAUUCGUAACCAGGAACCCGACCUGCCAGCCCGCUUCACUCGCUUCUGUGGUGUCCUCGCCACGGCCCAGUAUGCCAGCGGCCAGCACUACUGGGAGGUGGACGUGAAGGACAAGGGUGUGUGGUACCUGGGAGUCACCACUGAGGGCAGCAACAGGAAGGGCUUCGUCAGCCUCACUCCCUCCUCAGGAUACUGGAGCCUGUGUCUGCAGGACCGGCUGUACGCCAAUGGGGAGGACGGGCGAAUCCCCGUCGCCGACUACUGGAACUCUCCUCGGGUCGGCGUGUACCUGGACUACGACAACGGGCGCCUUAGUUUCUACGACGCCGUCACAAUGAAGAGACUGUACAUGUUUGAUACCUGCUUUGAAGAGCCUGUCUAUCCCUUCUUCAGCCCAGGGAAGAAUGAUCCCGGCAGCAGGCUGCAGAUCUGCCACUAUUACUGAGAGCUCUGAAAAGAGUCAUUCAAUGUAAUUAUCUCCUGGUUAAAUCGUACAUGCCGUAGUUUUCAGAUUUGCUGUUAACAUGGUUUCUUCUCACUGUCCUGGCUGGAGUGACAGGUGGAUGUUGACCGUGCGUGUGUGCGUGUGUGUGAUGUGCAUUUGAGCCUCUUCCUCUUCCUGUCUGUCUUACUGUAGUUUGAAAGAAAGAGUUACAGCACAAGAGUUAGCAGGUGUGGCUCAUCACACUUUGGUUGUUAGAAGAGCUUAAGUCUUCUCAUAAGUCAAUUUGAAAUUGUAAAAUGUGGUUUCUUUUAACCUCGGCACACACUGUAGGCUUAGACCCCUGAUGAUUGUGGCUGCAGUUUGACAGCUGCUUUGUUGUGUAUAUCACUGGUUGCAGGCAUGCAGGUGCCUCAGAUGUCACUACUAUGCCGUACAGUUACUGCUACUCCUCAUUAACUCAUGCUGGCUCAUUUUUGCCAGGCAGUGCCCUUGCCUCCUUUGGUAAAACUUCAUCAAGUAUCACAUUGAUACUUGAUGGAUUCCAACAGUCAGUUCAGUGCUCGUAGUUAUCAGAAUUAUUUGAUUGAAUUUGGCCAGGUUAUACUUCCAGGACUGAGUGUUUCAGGUUGUUCUGUCGACCUUAACCACCGUACUGAUCAUUUUAUCAUCAUUUUUAAGUCUCCUUAUUGUAUCUAUUUUUUAUCCUAAAUAUUGCUUACAUUUUUGGAAGUUCCAAACUCCUCUGUAUAUUACUCUGAAGCAACAUGAAUGCAUUUUUGAGCAGUGAUACUGAAGGCAUGAAGUCGUGCCAUUGUGCUAUUAUAGCUAUUAUAUAAAUCUGAAUACAUUUCAUCCGUCUGCUGGAAAAUGAUAUUCAAACAUUAAAAGAAAAUAUGAACAGCAAAUGAAGCCAUAUUCUAAAAUCAAUUGCUCAACGGGAGAGACUUUAGAUAUUCAAACCAGCCAAGUGCCUGAUGGACUUGACGAAAAUGUGAACUUAUAAAAUGCUGAAUUAAGUUUCUAUAACUUGUUCUUGCUUUUUGCAAAUUACCCCAGCAUUGCCUUAAUUAUAUUUCUUCUAAAAUAUUCCUGCUUUACAUUAUAAAUAGGUCGUUGUUGAGUUGGCCCUGGUGCUGCAAAUUGGUUCUAACUCCUGACGUUUUUUCAACCAGUUUUCUAUUUUUCUUUAUUGGAUGUAAUGUAUGUGUAUCUGGGCAACUGUGUACAAUGUUUUCCCUUCCUUAAACUUAUGUUUUAAACAUUCUUAUUUUAGUUCUUUUUAUUUUUGCUUGUGCAUUUAAGGACCUACAAGUGAUGCGUUUGCCAUCUUAAAUGUUUUUUGCUUUUUUCAAAUCUUAUUGAGGAGCCUAAUGGACAUUCACAAUAUUUGAGUGACCAUUCUUUCAUUCAGCUAAUCUCAACUUGCUCCUCUUUUCUGUUUACUGGUAGAUGUUUCAAGAUUUUCACCUGUUGAUGACUGCAAAACUUUGUGCUCUUAAACGUUUAAUAUUUGCUGAUAAAGGUUUUGUCCAAGAUGGUGCACCUCGUGUAAAGCCUAUACAUACUGUUAAUUCCUCAGGAGUUCUGAGUUUCAUACCUGUAAUAAGCUUAGCGGUGUUGGGGCUGUUUCUUUAAGUGUGACUUAAAAAAAUAAUCUUUGUAGUCCCUGUUUGUGGCCCUUUCACCUGCUCUAAGUGUUUCUAAAGACUUGACAAUAACAUUCAAAAAGGAAAAAUAACGGUUUUAUUUUUUAAGAGUGUUAUUAAUUUUCUCUACUCAAGGCCUGUGGUAAUAUGAAUGUUAUUUAGGGAUAUAUUUAAAUGUUUUCUGGGCCUAUACUUUGGUUUUAAAAUGGCAUUUGCUCACUCACUUUCUCAGCAAAACUGAAUCAAUCAUUUCUAGAUGUCUGCACUGCCUCUAAAAUAAAUCACCUGAAUUACAAAGUU